UGCAUACAAUUGUGAAAUAUAGAAAAUGAUGUGCAUGUAUCACUCUAGGGAAAACAAUGACUUAACGGGACUUUGAGGAAACAGGUAUUGUGCGACAUCCUGUAUAAGAAGCUUCUUUUUAAAUAAUUGCAUUUACAUUGUAUUCUUUUUGCUAGUGCCGCAGAUUAUCUAUGAAAAUUAGCGCCCUUAUCGGUUUCCAUGGAACAUUCCCGCGUUCAUGACGUGUCGAGUACCGGUUCUACUGCGGAAAUAGACUUGAUUUCUUUUCCACAUCAACGCAAAUAUUGUCACUGUAUCAUGCCUUAUGUUCCCUUUAAAAGCAUCCUAAUUAUAUUGGCAAUUGCGGCGCGAACGUGCUAUUUGACUCGCUGCAGCCGGCGCUGGCAUUCCUACUCGCUCUUGGAUGGACGAGCCAGACCUUCGCAGGAGGCGACACCUCUGAGAUACGCGGAGAACAGGACACUCCUGGUGCAAAACGACUGCAACAGCAGCGUGGCCUUAUAUAUGGGAACCAGACUUUUCCUGACCAGAAAUGGCUUCGAGGGUACCCUUUAUCCCCUUGAUUUCUCUGGAGAUGGUGUCUCAGUGGGCAGAGUGACUUCUGCAGCUUUUGUCUCGGAGGGCCUUGUGCUGGUGAUUGAUGGCAAGGUCUAUGUGUAUGCUCUGGAGGAUCACAUAUGGACUCCAGCCCAAGGUGUGGGAUCACUCAUGACAGAAGUCUCUUCAUUGCAGUGCUGUUUCAGUACUGAGCCUCCUUGCACGGCUGUGAGCUCCACAGUUCUUGUAUAUAACAGAGGACACCCUGUGCAGGAUACAAACGUAUUCUUGUCUUCUGAUGGGGGAUUCCAGUUUGAGAGAUUUGCUUUACCUCCGACUUUACAAGGCGUUGUGGAGAUGGUUUUUAACAUGCCCACACUGUCAACUAUACUGGUGAUGAUAACAGACGACAAAAACAGGUCCUCUUUCAGCUAUGUGACCUCAGAUUUAAACCUGCAGUCAGAUGUAUUCUCUCUGAGGGGCCCUCUGGACCGAGUACAUGUGGUCCAACCCCCAGGCAUGACUGGACACCUGGUCAUCUGGUCUCUCCGGUCUCUGUUUUACUCCCCAAACCACGGCCAGUUCAUACUUCCACUGAAACCAGAUGUAGAGGGUGAUAGUGGUGUAUUUCCAGGACCUGAUGUCUUCCUACAACAGGUUGCUACAAGUGAGAACAGUGAGAUUGCAGUCCUAACCAGUAAAGGGAUGCUGUUCUAUGGGAGGCUCAGUAUGGAUGCAGUUAUCGUUCAGAUGAAAAACUUGACAGACUUCUCAGAGCAGGCAGUGCUGAUGUUCAGCUCAUUUGGGGACCUGCUGGUGACCCAGCCUAUCGAGGACCCCAGCACCGGGGGCGUUGAUUUUGACCACUGCCUGAUUGUCGUUCAGCAGCAGCUCAGCCAUCUCGUUCCCUUGCUGGGCACAUGCCCGGUGGAAGUCCUUUAUGGGUCUUUUGAUCGAGGUGUGUAUUAUAUUGAUAUGGGAGACCACUUAUACCUGUCAGCGGUUUUUAUCCCUGCACCACUCAGUCAAGUUUUCCCUUUGGUGACUGUAACAGAUCCUCAUCUGCUGGCUUUUCAAGCUGUCUCUAAAGAAGAUGGCAUUACCUCAGAUGGAAAUACCAAGUAUACUCUGAGUAUAAAGUUACGUCAGCAGAGGGGUGCAGAAAUGGCUCGUGAUUCCUUUCAUCACAGCUCACUGGACGGAGGCAUCUCCACUCUCACUGUGGAUGUGGUGGGCAAAGGAAUCUCCUGCAAGGACAUGGCACCACUGCAUGCGUACAUCAAUGUCAGAUGUCCACCUGGAAAGCACAUAAAGGUUUUAAGGAAUGUCACUGCGUGCACUAAGGGCACAUUCACUCAGGGUCUUCUGCAGAACAAUUACUCCUACACAAUUUCAAAGAACAUCUAUGACCCAGAGCAUCUGCGUCAACAGAAUUCUGCAGAAGAAGACCUCCAUGUGACUUACAGCUUUGUUGAAUACCAGUGCCCCCUGCUGGUCUAUUAUGAUGCACUAUGGCUGCCUAUAUUAGAACUGUGGGACAACGGGCAGUUCGUAGAGUUUGUCCCAGUGGACUUUGUGCUGUUUGAAGUCCAUGGGAUGUACAACUAUGACUACCUGCAGUCUGCUGGGAGUGCCAGGUGUGUGUCUCAGCCACAGACCUGGCCAUCCAUGCUGGCCAAACAGCCACAGCCUGACCCCCACACGGCAUGGACCAGAAAGGGGAACAGGAUCAUAUUUCCAAACUACAACGGCUUCUACAUCUUCAAAGCCAUUGUGGUGGAUCCAGCAUACAGCUUCUGUGAGCUCUCCACCACCUUCAGUGUGUACGUCUACGGCGCAUUCCCAAAAGAGCAGAUCGACUCCGGGAUAUUCCUGGCUAUCUUCCUGUCCAUAUUCGUAGGGUUACUAUUGAGCGGCUUCUUCCUGCUGCGACACACGGCUACACACAAGGCUGAGUAGGGCCAGAGUCUCUCGGGACUACUCCCAGGAGACAGGAACUGUAGCUGCAGCUUGCACACCCACAGAACGGCACAAAAUACAAGAACUGCUCUGCUUUUUCUCUUAACACGUCGUUAAACACAUUGUACUGUACUGUGGCACAAAAAGCCACUUGCUGCAGAGUGAUAUUCCCGAUGUUUCUUCUAGAACCAGGGUUCGAAAAGCAUUCACCUUAUCUAUAAUAGCUAGAGAUACACCUUUUUAGUUGACAGAAUGAGGAAUGAAACCAACAUUCAGCUUGUUCUCUUCUACUGCUUCUUCUGCCCCCAACGAUGGCAACUCAAUGUCUUCCUCAGCAUGUUCUCCAAGUAAAAAUGUUUUGACACCUGACAAUUGCUGUCAUGUUGUUCUUGUUAAGUUAUAUUAUUGCUGUGGAAUGCAAUGAUUUUUCCUUCCACGGACCAUGUAGGGUGAAGCUUCUUCAGUGCAUUCCUACUCACUCGUGUCUUAACACUGACUCUGCCUGCAGUAAUGCACACGAAGGGGGUCUCUGGUCUGAAGUUAAAGCAGGAAUGUGUUUCUCCCUGUAUGAAUAUAUCCACUGGAUCUCUAAGUUCAGCGGGCUAAGAGUAUGACCAACCCGGUCACAAUUUCUGUCAAUUAAGUCAA